AAGAUUCAAUAUAUUAUUACCAAAAAUUGUUAUCAAAAGAAAAUGUUGCGUCAUUGCAGAAAAAAUUUGCUGGGUUUUGUUAGACAGAAUAGACGCUGUCUAGCUUCAAGUAGUGUAGUUUGUAAAUCUUAUUCACUUGAUGGAAAAGGUUGGGAUGUGUUGUCUGGCAAGACCACAAGGAUUGGAUGUGCCUCGGGUUUCUGGGGCGAUUCCCCUUCUGCAGGUUAGGCUUGGAAUUAUUUAUCAAUUUGAUACAUUGAAGAAAAUUCAAACAAACCAAUCUAAUGUUCUUAUAACUAAUUUAAUGUUCUUGUAGGCGGAUCUAUCACUUAUAGGCGGAUCUAUCAUGAGGGGGUGCAACUAUACAGCCAGGGUGUGUGGACCCCUCCCAGUCGUGACCAGUACCCCCUUGAUUUUGCAAGGAAAUAAUCAAGCACUAAUAUGGUUGAUCACUAUAACAUAGCAGUUGCUGUAAUCUGUGUUAUAUGUUAUUAAUUUUAGCAAGGAUCAGCUAGUACCUGACUGGAAGGUUUGGAAUUGCACAACCGAGAUUUAAAAAAAUUAAUAGUAACAAUAGUAUAUUUAAUAGUAUACAGAAAGCAUCAAAAUUGCAUGCCAAAUAUCUCGGUUGCACAAUACAAACUUUCCACACUGGAGCCAGUAUACCAUGUAUAGUGUAUACCCUUACAAAUAUAUAACGAGUCACAGCUAGGAGUUAUAUGUACAUGUAUAUCAAGAGUCAUAUAGGAGUUAUACAUCUGAAAUAUUGGUGUUGUGCAUUGCUGAUCACCAUACAGUACAUUUAUAUACUUCAUGCAUUGUAGAAGUAUACACAGCCACAUAACCAGGCAUGUCAGAUGCAUGUCAUGACUCGUGUUGCAAAAGCUGAUAUGCGGCUGUUUCAAGAUGAUUUCAACAAAAUAAUUUUUCCUUCCCACCACCGGCCUGGUUGUGAUGAUCAUCAUCUGGUGUAGAACAUUAUAUCACAGAAGGAUUCACAAAUUUUUUUCAAUUAUUGAUUUUUUACUUUUCUUACUUUUUGCCUGAGGACAAACCCUUUGAAAACCAGCACCUCCCACAGGAAAAUGACCUGUGCACAGGAAAAUACCAUUAAUGAUAAAUAUUAAACAUCAUGGUUUUUACCAAUUUACCAUAUGGGAAAUCUAUAAUAACCAUUAAUGGUAAAAGUUCAGUUUUUACAUUCACUAUAGUAUACAUGGUAAAUGUUUAAAAACCAUUCAAAAACCCAUUAAUGGAAAUUUAAAAUGUUUUCAUGUGUCACAUAAUUGAUUUGAUGGUACCAUUGAUUAAUGGGUUUCAUUUAAAUACCACCAAUAUACAUUGUGUUGGCAAUAUUCCCAGCAAUUAACAUCAUGUGAUAUAAACAUAAACCAUUCUUAUCAUUUAUGGUAAAAACUAUAAUCACCAUGAUGUAUAAUAUAGAACAAACCCAUGAUCUAUAUCAUUCAUAUGGUAAAACUAUAAUAACCAAUGAUGUUAAUAUCAAUAAAACCCAUCAAUAUAGUCUGUGUUGGAUAUUAAUUGGAGUGAAUGGUACCAAUAACUGGCGACAGUGAUGGGAACGGAACUUAAAGAGACUCUUUUUUAAAUGGAGUGAAGACACAACUAGGAUAAAAUUUUGAAAUGUUAAGUGUGAUAUCUGGCCAGGAAUCAAAAAUCAACAAAAUUAAUUAGUAUACAAAAUUUGGAGUGAUAAACAGUAGAGGUAGACUUUUCAUGAAGAUCUGGGGGAAGCAUGUAAGAUGGUACGAACACGCAACAAAACGAAACGAAGGAGAUCCGGUCAGAGAUAAAAGGGAACAAAGGAAAGAAGAAACUGAUGGAUAGACUGUACAGAAGAAGAAAUAAAUAUCGUGGAACUGAAGGCGCACACGACAAAGGAAGGAAAGAGAGAGAGAGAGAAAGAGGACAAUUAAGAAUCGGAGCAGCCGAGCCUGGAGUUGUCUGGAACAAGAGUUGAGUGAACGACGAAUGUGAAGAAGAGAACUCUAAAAGCCAACACUAACCUAUUUUGUUGGAAGAUUUAACAGCAUUAAAGAUACGCAGGGUAUUAGCCAGAAAAAAAGUUUUGUCCGUUAAACGUAAAUUGGGAAAUUUUUUUUGACCGAUCAAAGUCCUUGUGUAGGAAUAAAUAGUUUUUUUUCCCAACGUGUUUCUCCUUAGAUGCAAAAAACGGUAGCUUGGUUUUGUACAUUUCAUUUCCGGUGAAUGAACACUGAAAAGAUGCACCCGAUGCACACCGAUUACACUUUGUUUUGUACAUUUAAUUUCAGUGAAUACACACCCAAUAUGAGUGAAACGCGAUACAUUUUGAGGAAAUAGUUAAUGGGAAAAAGUAAACAAAACGUUCUUUGAUAAAAUAAUAUAAAAUCAAACGCAAUGCACUUUCUCAUCGGAAAAAAUGAAAAUCUUCCAGUAGACCCAGUUGGGAAAGCCCCUUAGCUACUUCAAUUGGGAAGAGUCCGUCAGACGGACAGUAUAUGGGCUAGCUAACACCCUGAUGCGGUACAGUCCGAUCUGCGCAUGUGCUCAAAGAAGCCCUCUUUUUAUUAUACAAACAGUUUAUUUAGGUUUUUAUUUCAUUUUAUGUUCUUGCAAAGCGUGAUUGUUGUGUCUUGAUCAUUUAUUACACUUUAUAAUCAUGAAAAUAUAAAUAGUUGUCGAAUAAAAUUCAAUAUUUUGGAUACCGAAAUGUAAACAAAGCCUAUAGUUUUGUUUACAUACGGACUGUACCGCAUCUUCAAUAAAUUCGGGCGAGUGACCAACGAGGAGAGGGGUUAAUUAAAGUACUGGAACAAGUCUAUUUAUGAUUAAGAUUAUUCAAGAUUAUGGGACUUGAAUUUGAAGUUAAAAUUUGCUAACGUAUGGGUUAUUAUCAUACACAUAUAGAAAUGAUUGAAGAAUAAACACAUGCCGACGUUUGUAUAGGGCUAAAACAAAAUUUACCAGCCGAGAUUAUCUCUUCAAAAAAUUCCAGGACAGCCAUGAUCUGAAUUGUCAACAACACAACAACAAAGACUUCUGCGUGACCCCAUGAUCGUGGUCACCACUGUCUCCAAAAGGUCAAAUACGUCAAGAUAAAAAUAGGUUACGUCAAGUUAAAAAUAGAUAAAAAGUGUAUUGUCAUGAUCUGUUUGUUUCUUUAAAUUCUUCAUCGAAUAUGCAUGCUGGACGAUGUAAAUUUGCAUUAUGGGCAAAUCUCAUGUUUAUACAGAUGUACUGUAUUUAUACGGGUCAUGCAUACAGCUCUUGGCAUCACUACUGAUUUGCACACACUAGCAAAAUCAUAAUAUUAUGCAUAAGUGGAGAAUUUUGUUUUGAAAACUGCGUUUUUGUAUGUUGUUCAAAGCUGUAUGAAUAUAUCCGCUAAUAUGUUGUUCAACGAAGUGGCUUUCAGAAAUUCUUGUUUUUCCAACUUGGAUAACGUCUAUGACUUCGUAAUUUCUCUUCACGAAGAAGACCACGACGUUUUUAUCAUAUUUGUAUUACUUUCCGCUAUUCUUUCCGUAUUCACAUGCCUUGGAAACACUGUGGUACUACUCGCCUACAUCAAAUCACCUCUACUUUGCAAGAAACUUUCCAGUAUUUUUGCAAUUAACUUGGCGGUUACAGAUUGGCUUAUUGGCGUCGUCGUUCAUCCUCUUCUCAUGAUCUUUUUUGUUCAAACAAUCAAUGAUGAUUCAUCGUGUAUGCUACCCUCGCUACUGGCCGUGGUAAUCCCAAUCCUUAUAACGGUCUCUUUAUUUAGUGUGGUCGGAGCAACUGCUGAAAGGUUCUUGGCCAUCGUGUAUCCAUUCUACCAUAGAACUGAGCUGACGAAGACAAGGCUACGGGCUUUUGUGUUACUGUCCUGGGCGUAUGCAUUAUCUUGGAUUUCGAUUCUCUUUCUCAGUAAAGAAAAUCUUAAAAUUUACGUGACUUUAAAUUGUGGCUUGCCCAUCAUAUUGACCAGUUGUAUCGUAAUACUCUGGUUUUACAUUCUCAUUGAAAUUAAAGGCCAAUCAGUUGUGGGGAACACUUGCGGGAGUCAUCGUCAAACUAUAUUGCAACAUCGUCAGAAAUCUGAAAGAAAAACGGCCAAGGCGUUUUUCAUAGCAACUUUGAAUCUUUACGUGUCUUAUUCUCCAUUAUUUAUUGUAUUGUUUACGAGGUUUAACGAUGCCAUGCACGUUAUUUCUUUUCUGGAGGUCAUGUUGUUGGCCUCAGUUAUAAAUCCACUCAUAUAUGGCUUGGCAAAUAUUGCUGUAAGGAAUGGCAUUCGGAAAGAACUGUUCUGUGGGUAGCCUGCAGGAUAAAGAUAAAUGCCAUGACAACUGUUUUGUUAUAGUAGCCUGGAUAACGCGUUGUUAAAUCUCGUGUGGAUGAUAGUCGACCAGUUUAACUGAUUCGAAACCUUGUGCGGUGCAGCUUAGAACGUCUUCAAUAGAGAAUUUGCUUGAAAAUGGACUCAAUGAACUUCUGUUUAAUUCCGAAAGUAACACUCUUCAUCCUCUUUCUGAGAAUGGUCAAGUUGAAAUUUAAAUUAAACUAUUUGAUGAGUUUACCUGAUAAAGUAGUAUAAUUAUGUUAUUUGUUAACGCGCUUGCAGAGGGGGCGGACGCCAAAACUGCAAAGGCCCUAAAAAUUUCUUGGUACAAGUUGGCUUUAACCGAGAAUAUAAAUCCAGGGUUCGUACAAAACUUGAAAGUCCUUGAAUGUCCUUGAAUUUGGAAACAAAAAUUCAAUGCCUUGAAUGUCCUUGAAUUUGAAAACAAAAAUUCAAUGCCUUGAAUGUUCUUGAAUUUGUAAAGAAGUACUUGAAAGUCCUUAAAUGUUUCUGGCUUUAGUUUUUGGAUAUUUUCUGAAAUUGUUUGACAUUCAAAACGGGCAUUUUGUUAAUAAUUGAUUUUGCAUGUUCAUAUCUGAUAAAGCUGUUUGAAACUCAUUAAAGUCAUGCGUUUUGAACAAUUCAACGUCAGAUUUUACUGAUUUCUAACCCCUUUUCUUCAGUAUUUAGUUCUUGAAUUUGCUGAUACAUGGCCUUGAAUGUCCUUGAAAAGACCUUGAAUUUGACUCUUCCUCGCAUGUACGAACCCUGUAAAUUGUAAAAAACCCCGCUUCUUAAAGGUUUAUGACGUCAUAAGCCCCCUGGGAGAGUUUUUCCCCACGCCUCUCUUGGCGGCCUUGGCUGUACCUAAAUCAUUACAUCGUAUUUUAUCAUUACAUUACAGUUUCUAUAACGGGUGUAAAGAUGAGGACUUGCACAUCAUUGAAUACAUAUUAUAUAGUGUGCCAUCAUUCCUUGAAGACCCACGAAUAAGUCACGGUGAAAGCAACAUAGAAAUUGCAAAAAACUAAAUAAAAAUUCGCUUAUAGUUUCGCAAAGAUUUAUCGUUUCGAUAUAUUUUUCUUUGUCCCGAAUCCGAUCGGAUUCGGAUCGGAUUUGCACACCUCUAAUAUCUAUACCUCGUCCGCAGGCAUCUCUGGCCUACAAUUUUUUCUGAUCCACCCGAUUCCUUAGAGAUGCCUGCGGAGGAGGCUACUCUUGAUCAACUUUUUCAAUGUCCAAGACAUCCAAUGUCUACAUCAUCAUGAAUUUUAGCAGCCAAAUAGACGUAUAGGGAAACUAGUAUAUAAUUUGCAAUUCACGCAAUGACAUCUUAUCUGGCAACAUUGGCAGUGAAAAAGUUGACCAAGAUGAAGAUUUUUUUCUACAAACUUAGGAUAUAUUAUAUUUCGGAACAAUAACACUCUUUUAAUACCUAAGCAAAAGACCAGUAGACUCGCUAAUAGUUUUAUUAUAGCCGGUAGUAAAAAACCUAUACCGCCAGAAUCUCUUAACCUAACUGUACUUUUUUUAGUAUUGUAUAUAAUUAUAUGGUUCCUUUGUAGGUUUUCUAAUUGUAAAUAUUCUCGCAUGAUGCCUAUACUAUAUACUGCAACAUUGGUAAUAAAGCUAUUCCUAAUCCCCAAUAUUUCUUCUCAUAUAAUAACCCAAAUAUUACACAUACCAAAAACCAUAUUUGGGAUUAUAAAUUUAUAAUGGUACUUUAAAUCUAUUUUCAGCUGUUUAAGUUGAAGGAGGUUUUCGUUUAUUUUUAAAUCAAUCAGUAUUCUUGGUUAAUUUGUUGAACCAGAUGGUUUUGCGCUUGCUGUUAAACAAUUGUGAUUUGCGUCACAGUUUACUUUGUGUUAUCAGCUGUCAUGCAGUGGUAGAUGUUAUUGUAUUCAUAGACAUAAUGCAUGUUAUCAAACUAAUUAGAAUGAAAAAAAAAUAGCCUGGAUUUUCAUUCCAAAAUAAAUCUGACUUUUUCGGAUUCCGAUUCCCUACAUAUAGCCUACCAUGAAUUAUGUCGAAUUAUGCAAUGUAAUAAUAGUACGUAGACUGGAAGAAGAUGAAAAGUUGUGAGAAACUGGACAGUAUAUGAAAGUUGACUGAUGCAUUGAAUUGAAACUGCGUACAUAUUUUUUGAACGUAUUGUACAUUUAUGUUUAUAUUUAUGUUUAUUUACUCGAACCGACCUGACCGCGUAGCUCAGUUGGCAGAGCAUUGCUCUAGUAUUCCAAAGGUCGUAGGUUCGAUUCCCCCCGUGGCCGGGCAUAUUUUUCAAGCUCGUCCGGUGUGGAUAUACACUCAGAGUAACAUCACAAACAUCAUAUAUAAAAACGUUAAUAAUUCAAGCACUUUCAUUGGUCGAAACCCAUGAUCUAUUAGAGGACAGACGCACGGAAUUACGUCACAAUUAAGGUAGCCAAUAGCGUUCCCUUAUUUGUAUAGAUCCUGUACGCGUGAUAUUUGUAAAAUUUCGACUCGACUUUUUCAAAUUUACAAAUGUUUGUGUAGGUAAAAAGUAAGCUAUUUACCUGUUUAAUUCGGGGGGUUUCUUUUUAUUAUAUAAAACAAAUAGAUAAGAUUUUGACGUUGUCUGUUCAGUUAUAGAUACACAUUAUGACGUCAUAAUGUGGGAAGAACAAAGAAGCGAUCCACUUCACUCGGGGGUUCGUGAGCCACUUUUUUGUUCUUCCAACAUUAUGACGUCAUGUUGUGUAUCUAUAACUGAACAGGCAACGGCAAAAUCUUAUCUAUUUGUCAAUAAUGUACCAGUAGACCAGAUUUUGUUUCAUUGCGAGACCAGUUGACUGAUGACACGCUAUAGACCCAUUGCACAUGACGUCACAGCGCCAGUGAUGAUGCAUCUGGAGGACAAAUUAGCAAUCUAUGCAUAAUAUAACUUUUGUAAACAAAGCAAAUUUUGUAAAAGUUUAUAAUAAUUUUGUAUUAAAAUGGUUAAUUUUUGCGCUGUAUGUGCUUGUUGUACCCGAAUAGAUAUUGUUAGGGAGCAUCUGGAGGACACUCUAAGGAUUUGUGACGUCAGUGCAAAGGGUCUAUUCUGAGAAUGGCGUGCACAUGCACAUGUCUUGGCAUGACUUCAGCUUAUCAAUUGGGUACGGUUUCUAGUCCAUCCUGUUCAACGCAGCGUGUAGCAGCUCUCUUCUCUCUGGCUCGUACCCAGUCGUCAUGGUUAUAAUUACAGCAGGCCCGUAACUAGCUAUGAGUCAACCGAGUCAGUUGACUCGGUAAGAUUUUUUGUGAAAAAAUUUCAAGUUUAGAGAAAACAGACCCUGAAUGAAAUUUAUUAAAUUUUUGAUGAAGGGUAGAAGUACGAAUUAGCGUCCCAAGAAUUACCAUAAAAUCAAACAUUUUCUGGGGGAGCAUGCCCCGACGACUCGACUCGGUAAAUCUAAAAUCCUAGUUAUACGGGUCUGUACAGUACAUAUAUAGAUCAGUGAACUGAAGUAUGUGAUGCAGGAUGGGAGCGAAGACAUUCCCAUCAUGCACCAUUAUAUGUACUCAUACUCACUGCAGUCACUGUUAAUGUAACCAAUAAAUAAAACUGUUCAAGGAGGCCCGCAUCUGCAUGUACAAUUAGCCAUUUUCCAAUCGAGCAGAGGACUGGGUCUAGUCGCUUGUUUGGAGGGACACAAAAUAAACAAUAUGCCGAAUAUGGCAUCUAGGAAGUUUUCCUACAUUCCUAAAGUUAUUUGUUGCAGCCUGAAACGCAACAGUUAUAAUAAGGCAUCUUUUAAUAUAUAUUUAGCUCGCUCACUAUAAGUUGUUGUCCCUCCAAGCGUCCCUCCAAACAUCAACUGGACCCAGUCCUCUGCUCGAUUGGGAAAUGGCUAAUUCAAUGCAUAGCAAUGCAUACAUAUUAAAUUUUUACAUGAAGUAAUUUACACCAUAUUAGAUAUGAAACAGUUUUCUCCGAUCUGAAAAGAAAAAUACUUGACUAUGUGCAGCAUGGUGCGGGCAUUGAGCCAGCCGGGCGUCCAACCGCCCAAUGUAAACCUGUUAAGGCUUUGCGUCCACGUCAGAGUGGUAAACAUAUUAAAUCAAGAAAACACGGACGGCCCAAUAAAAUGUUGUCUUUAUAUAAAAAGCAACUUGCUAGUUUUGUGAUAUCUCCAGAAUACCUCAAAAGUUGUCAUUUUAACACUUUUUCGAUACAUUUUUGUCCAAAUGAUUAAAUUUUCCAUAACAGAAAUGUUCAGUCAGAAUACUACUUUAGUGCCUACCACCAGCGCGUGCUUAAAGUGAUUUAAAAGUCUUCCUCAUCGGUGGUUUGUUUUGUCUUUUAUUUCGAACGAUGUGACUAAGUAUGCAUAUUACCAAUAAUAAUGUGUUGAAUGGAAAUCCAUCACCAUGGCUAGAAGGAGCAUCUUAAAAUGAGUAAAAUUGCAAAGUCUGGUUGCGAAAUGUUGUAAAAUGAGGAGGAUAUACCCCUGCGAAAUUUGCACAUUUUGUAUUAAUUUGUAUAUUAUACGCAAGGGAAAAUGCACCACAUUUGGGCCGAAAGUGGUGCAUGUUCCCGUGCGUAAAAAUAAUACAAAAUUUGCCAAUUUCGCAGGGCUAUAGCUAUUUUCCGCAUUAUACAACAUUUCGCAACCAAACUUUGCAAUUUUACUCAUUUUAAGAAUGAUGCACUUUCUAGCUGUGAUGAUGGAUUUCGUUUUUCUUGCCCAGAUCAAAAUUAAGUCUAUAGCUAGAAUCAUCCAUUAUCGUAAUUUCGUUGAUUCGAGUGCUGUGUGUGUUUUUCAGCUCCACAACUCGUCCAUGGAGGAGGAAACAUCGACUUCUUGGUGUUUGACUACUUGUCUGAAAUAACCAUGUCAUUGUUGGCUAUGGCUCAACGAAAGUCCCCGGUACGUUGUGAAUAUCC